AAUUUCCGUCAGGGGGAAUUACUGCUAACUUCACAUUUAUUAUUAUUUUUUGUCGUGGUUCGUAAUUCUUGUUUCACAAUUUUCACGAUUUUUGCCAAUAAAUCCAAGGAAGAUUGUUUAAAAAUCACUGAAUAUUGAUCUUUGGCCGUAGUUCUACUGUAUAAUUGAGAAAUUAUAGCAGUAUUGGUAGAAAUUCAGUGUGUUUUGGCAUUGGCUCAAAAAUGAGAAAAUGUCACCGACAAAGCAGGAAAUCCGUCUAGAGAAGAAGAUGAAGAAAAUGGCAGCGUUGGCAGCAAUUGCAGAGCUCAAUGUGAGGGAUGAAGCAUCUUCUAGCUUCGCCAAUGUUCCGGAGCCCGAUGUCAAGCGUCAAAAGAUCGAAGAGAAGCUCAAUGAGAAGCAUGAGAAGGGAAAGGUGUCGUUCUCCAAGGAUGAGUACACAGAGCUGAAGAAGGCUAUUGAGGAGAGGAAAAAGCAGCUUAAAAGUAUCCCAAAGAUCAGGUUGAAAAAUGCCGGAGAAGUGGCGUCUUUGGAUGUGAGAGCUUGUGACAGAACUCCAAUCUUCCUGGAGGAUAUCCAGCACCUCCUGCUGCAGGCAGUGUUCGGAAAGGACUCUCCACGGACGCCCUGGCGGUGGUGUCAGCUUGAGAAGGCGCAGCAAAUCACGCAUUCGGUGGUUCUUGUGAUUGAGGGCAUUUAUCUGUACCACUUUUCUGCGUAUGAAAGUCUCUUUAGCGAAGCCAAUAAGUUCUUCAAGACGAAACUGGAAACUGUGAUGCCGCCUUAUCAGGAGGGACACAUCCUUGAGGAAUUUGCCUCGGUGCCACUGACCAUGAGUCAGCGAGAGCUGCUUGUCAAGCAGUACGGAAGUCUCAAUGUCGCCCUGGAAAUGAUGCAGGAACCAGUCAUUAUGCUGAAGUCAAUUUUCCCCAUCGAAAAGACGAGUGAGGAGGAGUGCGGGAGCACAAAAUUGCCGCCAGAAGACGUCUUUUCGCGGACAAAACUCCUUCUGUCGCCUCUGCAGAUGGUGGACGAGGGAUAUCCGCUUCCUCUGAGAGGCGAGCUGGCCACCAAGUGUGGGGAUUACAUCCUCACGAAGGACACGUACAAGGAGGUCACCGCUCGGAGUCCCAUGUUCGGCCUGGAUUGCGAGAUGUGCCGCACAACGCUCGGUCUGAGUGAAUUGACGCGUGUGUCAAUCGUCGAUGAGGAGUACAAGACUGUCUAUGAAACGCUGGUGAAGCCGCCAAAUCCCAUCAUAGACUACCUCACGCCCUACUCGGGCAUCACGGCGGAUCUCAUGAAGGGCGUAACGAAAACUGUGCAGGAAGUGCAACAGGAGAUUCGAGAAUUGCUACCGGCGGACGCGAUUCUCGUUGGCCAGAGCCUAAACAUGGACCUGAACGCCAUGGGACUGAUGCAUCCCUAUGUAAUCGACACGAGUGUCAUCUACAAUCUCUCGGGCGACAAGAAGUUCAAGAGCAAGCUACAAGUGUUGGCCAGGGAAUUCCUCGGCGAGACAAUCCAGAAGAAUCCUCAGGGUCACGACUCUGUGGAGGACAGCAUAGCCACACUGAAGCUGACAAAGCUGAAACUGUCCAAGGGCAUCAAUUUCGGCGAUGUGGCGCUGCAGAAGAAGUCCAAGAAGCGCCAAGAUGAAACCUUCGAUGAACUCCUAGCGGACAUUGAAGGCAAAGUGCUGAAGAAAGCCAUCGAGAAGCCACGCAAGAAUCUCCCGGCGCUCAUUGUCUCAUCAGCCGCCACGAAGGCGGACUACGAGAAGUACGUGACCACGAGGCGAAUUCUUGAAGCUGAAGAGCAGAGCGGCAAAAUUUCAUGCUUCAUGAAGAAGAGCAACAAAGCGGCUGUGAGCAAAACGUGCUCAGGCCUCAUGGAUGUCGCCUUUGCGCUCACGCACGUGAAGAUCGACCCAAGUGGUCUGGCGGAUGAGAAGAUAGAGGCCACGCUGACGCGCGUGGAUCAGUGGAUUAGCAAAAUUUGGAAUGCAAUGGCCGUGAAUGGACUCAUGCUGGUUCUGAUGGGAGGAUCUCCACUCUCCUCAAGCGGAGUGGCGCUGGUGGAGGUGAAGAAGCACUCCAGAAGCUCCAAGUGAUGAAAUUCGGCCCACAAAUUGUAACUCAAUAA